GUGAGUCGUAACAGCGACGCUCGUGAUAGUCGGUACAUCACUCGGAUACUAUUCAGAUAGAUUCAAAUAAGUUGCAUUGUGUUGCAGUACUCAUUUCUCCAGCCCAAUGCUUGCCAGGCUCCCUCCCUUCAAAGUUCGUCGGAGACCAUUAUUAUUCAGAAAGAUCCACAUGCCAUCUCUCACCGGGCCACGUCCAGUUGACUGGAAAGCAGCUGCCCCUCCAAUACCCAACUUCGCGGCCCAACAUGACUCUCUUCCUCGGUUGCCAGUUCCAAAUCUCACUGCUACUCUCGAGCGACUGAAGACGUCAUUGUUACCGUUGGCACAUUCGGAAGCUGAAUUCACCGCUGCUGUCAAGAAGAUUGAUGCAUUCGGAUCACACGCUGGGUCAGGGAGCAUAUUGCAGUCUCGUCUAAUGCAACGUGCAAGUGAACGCGAACAUUGGUUGGAGGAGUGGUGGGAUGAUCUCGGCUACUUGGGCUAUCGAGAUUCGGUUGUGGUGAAUGUUUCAUAUUACUAUGGCUUUGAUGGGCAACCUGCCCACCUUCCGCAAAGCCCUGCUGCUCGUGCUGCUGGCCUUGCACGUGGAGCCCUCGUAUUUCGGCAGAAGUUGCUAAGUGGUCAGGUGAGCCCUGACGGAACAAAGGAGGGUCAAUUCUGUAUGGACACGUAUCGAUGGAUGUUUGACUGUUGUCGUAUACCUGGCCUUCACGGUCUCGACUGGAGUGCAUCCCACGCGGGUUUCGGGGUAGAUGAAUUAGGCCAUAUCAUUAUUGUCAGGAGGAACAGGUUCUGGAAGCUCAAGGGUAUCAUAAAUGGGCGAAUACUCAGCAUGACUGAGUUAGAGAAACAAAUACAAUAUAUUUACGAUUCUACCACCGAGGAAUACCCAGGAGUUGGCGUUUUGACUGCAUCAAACCGUGACGUAUGGGCCAAGGACCAUGCCCACCUGGCCGCGGACCCACAUAACGCAUCCAUCUUGCAUACGAUACACUCCUCUGCCUUCCUCAUCUCCCUUGACACCGACAUGCCCUCCUCUUCCAUCGCUAACAGCCGCUCUCUCUGGCACGGUUCGCUCUCACCAUCCACAUUGGAUGCAACUGGUCUGAAGAACCGCUGGGUUGAUAAACCUGUCGAGUUUAUCGUUUUUGACAACGCACGUGCCGGUCUCAUGGGCGAGCAUUCCGUUAUGGACGGCACACCUACUGUUCGUAUGUGCGAUGAGGUGCUCGACUGGCUCGCUGAUCCUGCUUUUGACCUCGGGGCGCCGUCUGCGAUUCCACCGCCAAAACCCGAACCAUUAGAUUUCGUGGUAGACGACACGACGCGUACCGCAAUCGACAAGGCGUCGAAAGCUGCAUACGAGCUUGCUGAUUCACAGUCAAUGUCAUACCACCUCACAUCCUAUGGCAAGGCUGCCAUCAAGGCGUUUCGUGUGUCCCCCGAUUCGUGGGCCCAGAUGAUCAUUCAACUAGCAUAUGCCCGCUUACUUCCGGAAGGAGGGACCUACGAGGCAGCGACUACACGUAGAUACUGGAAAGGCCGGACGGAAACAAUCAGGGUCGUCACCUCGCAAUCGGAUGCUUUUGUUUCGGCGAUGGAUGACCCUCGUGUCAGCUGUGAGGACCGGAAACAGCUUUUUGAUGCUGCUGGCAAAGCGCAUAUUGCACUUGCGAAGGCAGCAGGGUCCGGAGAAGGAGUAGAUCGGCACAUGCUGGGAAUGAAAAUGUGCCUGAGAGAAGGCGAGCCAGUUCCAGAGUUGUACAAUGACCCUUUGUACAAACGGUCCGGAAACUGGGUCCUGAGCACGAGUGCCGUUUUCUCGGACCACUUUCCUCAGUAUGGAUGGGGUGAAGUUGUACCGGAGGGCUUUGGGGUGGCAUACAUGACUGGAUACGACGACCGUCUGCAAUUUACCGUCACCUCACGAAAGGAGAUGCCAAACCAGGAGUUUAUGAAUGAGAUUGCGAGGGCCGCGGUUGAUCUGUAUGAUUUGCACGCUGGUCAACGAAAGUCCAUGUUGUAACAACUUUGGUGUGUUGUGUGCGCAGUUUUGUAGGAUUACGGCGUCUGCUUUCGGUUUGUCAGUCACUGCUGUAGAAUUCAUUUGUCCAAAUUAUAUAAUAGUGUAUGCUUCAAGCUUCAAGCUUCAA